CCAGAUGUCCAUGGCAAUGCACAUCUCUCAGCCCGAUGCCUCCAUGGGUGGCCUCUGUGUCGCGAUCAACGACUCUCCUCGCGGGACGAGUAACUGAACGCCUUCCGGUCGCCUUACGCUGUCGUCAUGACGGCAAACCACGCUUCCCAAACCUCCGCGCCCGCUCCGCAUCCACACAGGUCUCGCCCACAGCGAUAAAUCUGCGCCCCAACAUCCCCUCCAGGAACCAGGAGCUGCACGAUGCGCUCUCGGCGCUAAGCGGGGCUGCGGAGACUCAUGUAAAUAUCAGCAGGCUGCAAUUGGCGCUGCGGGGGCUGGAGGCGCAGGAUGCCGUCACACGGGUCGCAGUGCUUGGAUUGAACAGCCAAGUGAGCGCGCAGCGCCUUGCGCGACUGCUUCUGGCAGACCCGCUGGGUGCCGAGGAGUGGUGGGAGAAGGAAUUGGACAAGCCUAGUAGCGGGGAUGCGGGGGCCGUGCUAUUGAAGUUUGGAGAGGAUUCCGACGCAUAUCCGCCCUCACCGUUGUACAAGGUCCUUUCCGUACCCUCGAGAACCCUGCGAACGCAUAAUUUGGAGGUGCUAGUGUCAACCCUAAACGUCAAUGUUGCGAACAUCGUCGGAUCUUCGUCAGCAGAAAGCUCCAAGGAGUCGGUGCUGGUUCCGAAGCUGCAGGCCACUGCAACGAGAGGUCUGCCUGUGCCGUACCCGGUGCACAAGACGCUGUUACUAGGUGAAGGCCUUGACAGCGCAGUGGCUUUCGGAAGGUUCUCAUCAGACAGCGCCGAAGAUUUGGAUGAUGUGGUCAAGAUGGCAAUCGAGCUCCCAGCAUCACUCAAAGAGCCCAACCCAGACAUGGAGACUGCCACCUCAGCCAUUAAUGUCGAGCUCGGUACAGAAGCACUCGCUAGCUUCCGCGAAUCGAUACAGAACUCGGUCGCCUACGAACGAGGAUGGUUCAGGAGUGGGCUAGCAGGACUGUCCAAGUGGUUCGCCCAUGAUAUCCAAACCUCAGAUCCCAUCAAGCCUGCGAUGAAGACGCUGAUCUCUUCCAUCGCCGACGACGUGGAAGCAAACAUACUGAAAGAAGAUACUGCACAACUACAAAAGCUUGCUUCUCCGCCUACAGAGAUAUCAGCGUCAAUCAUCGGCCAUCUGGAGACUUGGGCCGAAAAGUCGCAUACGGAACUGCGCGACCAGCUCGACGUAGCCUUCUCUGCACAAAACUGGCACAAACUGUCUUGGUGGAAACUCUUCUGGCGCGUCGACGAUGUGACAAUGCUAACCUCCGAGAUCCUUGAGAGGAGAUGGCUCGUCUCUGCAGAGAAGAACAGCAUCUACCUUGCAGGCCGCAUGAACCAAGCCGAUUACCCAGAGGAUCUGCAAGGUUCAGUCGUCAACACCGUUCCAGAAACCACCACAUGGGAGACAGCGCCCACGAUCGAGAACCCCCGCACAGAUCUGAGCACUGAGGUGCGAAAUCCACAACCUUGGCCUGAGGCUAUAUCCAUGACGCGCACGGAGUUGAUCGACACGACGAUUCCACCUCUACAAGCUCUUGCUCAGCGCCUCGUCCUUGCCACGUUCUCAACAACAUCUAUCUCCUCCGCUCUAUCGGCGCUCCUCUACGCUACGUCGUCGUUCACCCUCUUCGAAGCGAGUGCCGUCGCAGCCGUCGGUCUCACAUUCUCCCUGCGACAUAUGCAGAGAACAUGGGAGGGUGCGCGGGAGUCGUGGCAAGGAACCGUGAGAGAAGAAGGUAGGCUACAGUUGAAGAGCACGGAGGAUCUGGUCAGGACGAUUGUUCGGCACAAGGAGAAUGAGAUGCUGGGUCGUGGGGAAAGCGAGAGUGUGAAGGAUCGGAGGGCGGCGAGGGAGGCUGUGAGCAAAGUUAGGGAGGCGCUGAAGAAAAUGAAUGAUGGUUUGUAAGGAUAGGUUAUGGUAGCU